UCUGUUUAUGUGACACAGUUAGUUGUAACACCUAACAUGCGUUCCCUCGCACUUGUGUGCUCCAUUUUAGUGUUCUCCGCCAACGCAGCUCCGUUCAUCGGCAAGUUGAGCAAUGUCGGCAACGCUGUGCGCAACAUUGGAGCCAGUUUGUUCAACAAGUUGUCCGGAGGUCAAGUUCCCCCGUUACCACCAGCUGUUGCCGAGGGAGAUCUUCUACGACAACUCGAGUUUAUGAACAAGAUGUUGAAGCAAGUCCGAGGUUUCGUGAUGAGCCCUUCACCGCUGAUCAGAGAAAAGAUGCGGCCGUACUUGCAAACUCUGGUGGACCAAGUGAUUCCGCAAUUCGAGCAGUUGCAGUUCACUAACGAGGAACUGCAGCACAUUUACAAGUUGAGGCCGGAAGACAUCGUAAAGUUUCGCGCUUUGUUGGUCGAUACAAUCGAUGAACUGAAGAUGAUGAGAUCAUCCAUGAAUAAGGAGCCAAAGCCUAACUGCUAGGGCUGGUUUGAUCAGGUUUUGUAUAUAAACACAUUUUGUGAUUUUAAAGUUUUGUUCACAAAAGUUAAAAUGAAUUUGUACAAAUGUUCAGUUUUGUUAUUAAAUCAUGACUACUUUUAAAAACUAGUUUAGUCAUUAUGCUGAAUUU